CAAAAGCGAAGUAGUGUGUCGUGUCGAUCGAAAGCAUAAAAUAAAAUUAUGUUUUCCGAAAUAUCUGAGAUAAGCGUAGAAUUAAACACCGUUGAAGAUGCUGAAAGAGCUUUUGAAUAUUACUGCACUAAAGAAAAAAAAAUCAAUGCUGAAUUGAAAAACUUCAUUGAAAAACAUGAUCAUCAGGAAAGUAAAGUCUUAUCAUUGCAGAAAAUGCUGCCUCAAUUGCAGUUAGUUCAUUCGGACUCUGUGCAGCUUUCUAGUAUGAUAGCUUUUACUUCUGCAUUAGCUGAAAAUGUUAGCAGUAAAGUCAAACAACUUGAUGUUACAAGAAUUCGUGUUACAGAAUGUAUGCAAAGAGUUGAAGAUAUACUUGAUCUAAAAUUUUGUACAGAUGGAGUUCAAACAGCACUCCAAAAUGAAGAUUAUGAACAGGCUGCUGCUCACAUUCAUCGGUUCUUGAGUUUAGAUCAGACAGUCUUAAAAAAAUCAGCAGCUGACAGCAAAGAAGGCAGCAGCUUGGAUGAGGCAUUUGUUAAGCUUCAUGAAGCUGAGACUCAGCUUAAGGCUAUUGUUAUGAGGAAAUUUGAUGAUGCUGUCAGGGAUGAAGAUGUAGCAUCUGUGGAAAGAUUUUUCAAAAUUUUCCCCCUCCUUAAUCAACAUAAUGAAGGGCUUAAAAAGUUUUCAACGUAUUUGUGUUCUCAAAUUGCCGAAAAGUCUCAAAAAAAUAUGAAAUUAGCUCAAAGUCUUUCCCCUUCUGAUAAACGAUGGAUUGUGAAGUAUGCUGAUACUGCUACUUUGCUUUUAGAAGGCAUUGCUCGAAUUAUUGAAAUACAUCAGCCGCUGAUAGAAACUUAUUAUGGUCCGGGAAAAUUAUUUUCUGCCAUUGAGAUAUUGCAGAAGGAAUGUGAUCGCCAGUUUAAACGUAUUUUAGAAGAAUUUAAAGCUCAAAGAGAUUUUCAGAAAAAGGGCUCAUUGUUGCAACAACUGAACAAAAACCCUUACAGGAAUCUGGAAAAGUUAGAUCCUCGAGAAUUGGAUAUUCUCAUGGCAGAAAUCACAAUACUGAGUGCUAGAUCUCAACUGUAUUUGAGAUUCAUACGACAAAAAAUAAUGGGAGAUAUUGAAAUUUCUUCUGCAGAUGAAAAAUGGAAAAAAGAAGAAGAGGCAAGAUUGACUCGUUUUCUGAAGGAAUGUGAGCUUAGCAAACUCAUUCAUGAUGUGCUAGGAACUUAUGUUACUAUGGAGGAAUAUUUUAUGAGAGAAUCCAUACAUAAAGCUGUUAGUAUGGAUGCAAUUGAGGAGAAUUCGCAAACUUCCAGUAUGUUAGACGAUGUAUUUUUCAUAAUUAAGAAGUGUUUAAGGAGAGCUGUCUCAAGUUCUUAUGUUGAUAUUGUUUGUGCAAUGCUAAACCACACAAACUCAUUACUGCAGACUGACUUCUAUGAAGUUUUAAAUGAAAAAGUGAAACUUGGGUUCCCAUCUAGUAUGCUAGAUUUCAGUCAGGCGUACAAUGUUUUUCAAGCAAGCCUCCAGAUGCAAACAUCUGAUAUUGACAAAUCAAAAAUUGACUUUUUGGUUACUCUGAAUAAUGCAGAAGUUACUUGUGACCUUGUCCGAACACUUCGUGCAACUCUGGAAGAAGAUGUUCAGAAAAUGUUUCCCCAUGCUUCUGAUCAAGACAAGAGAAAGUUAGAUAGUUGUUUAUCCGAGUUAACAUCUGUUAAUUGCAAGUUCCAGCAACUAAUUAAUAGUGGAAGAAGUCAUCUUUGUGUUACUAUUGUGAAGCCUCGGGUAAAACCAUGGGUAGAUGCUUUCCAAUCUGCAUCGCACAUCAUAACUGAGGAUGAAUUUUCUCAAUAUGAAGCUAAUGAUGGUAUGAGACCUUUCAUCCAGAACUUCAUUAUCAGUAUCGAUACAUUUCUAAAAUCCUUAAAGUCGAAUAUGACUACUAAUAACUUUGAUGCACUUGUGAGCUUACUAGCUUCAGAGUUAACUUUGCAGUUUGAAAAAGCUGUUCUUUCUUGUCAUUUUAAUAGGUUUGGUGGUAUACAAUUCGACAGGGAAUUGCGGAUAAUUAUUGCUUAUCUUACUACUGUCACAACGUGGACAAUCAGAGAUAAAUUUGCCCGCUUGUCACAAAUAGCUUCAAUUUUGAAUUUAGAAACGGUGAAUGAAAUCCUGGAUACUUGGGGCUCUAAUUCUGGAUCCUUAACGUGGCGUCUUACACCUACUGAAGUACGACAGAUUUUAAUUCUUCGGAAAGAUUUUAGAUCUGAAGACAUUAAACGCUUGAAAUUGUGAAAAGAAACUGAAUUUGUGUAAUUAAUUAUAUUUUUUUUAAUUUUACAAAUAAAGUGUUAUUGUUUUGUUGUUGACAA